AUGUUCCUCCACCGGCCAGAGGGUGAAGCUAGCAUCACAAGGGGAUGCCUCAUCGACCUCGACCUCGAUCUCGGUAAGAGGAAGAUUGCCUCUCACGCGUAUUCCGCAUUUAUGGAGCGCGAGUUCGGCGAAGUUGCACCGAUUCUGUCCAUGGUUCUGCAGUUCUACUAUGAUAAGGGCAUGCUCAUAGGCCAAGUCGACGCCGACGUGUCCUCGAGUGCAUUGCGCGCGAUGGCACGCACAGCAGUCACCAAAGCACAGUUUCCGGAGGCCCAAUCGAGGGCCCUCACGUACGUCAAUGAGGCCGUCGCGUAUAUGGUCAAUCACCGCGGGGCCGAUCCCGAUCAGACCUUCACUCUUGAGACGUUGAGGUGGGACGUUGAAUUUCCGGAUUCAACGCCGCUUUUCUCUCGAGCGACCAGUGGCACUGGUCAGCGACAGAGCUGGUAUUGCUCUGAGACUUUGCCGUUUAUGAGUCCCGAGAUGCUAGGAACGAUCCCAAUCUUUGACAACGCGGAGUCAAAGCUCAGCGUUAGAGCCAACGGCGACGACACGGAUGAAGGCGACAUCGCCAAUUCCGCACCUGAGGCACAAUGCCCUACCAUCGCUCAGGGCGCCAUACAUGACAUGGAGGCGCUCUUUUGGGCACUACUCUACAUCUGCAUAACUCGCGGUGGACCUGGAGGUCGACGAAGGGAGGAAUAUUCCGUCAAGAAUCUCGCAGCCACCGCAGAUCCCAAGCGGCGCCAGUCCAUCGCGCAUCUACACAAGAUCACCCACUGCCUCUUCGAGGCUCAGGAUCCCGCCACUCUGUCCAAAUAUAAGCGCGUCCUCCUCCGGAAUGGCGUCCGGGACUUCAAGGCGCACAUCGAAGGUCGCUUCCACGAGUAUUUCGAGCCCUUCAAGCCUACUAUGCGGGCAUACUUGCAGCUUCUGCGGAUUGCCUACAUAUUCCGCGGAUACGAGUAUCACUUCAUCCAUGAUCGUGUCCUUGAGCUCCUCCACGAUCUUUUAGAGAACUUGAGCGACGCGAGCUAUGACGAGGGACAGGAGGUAUGCAUUAGGGCGGAGCUCAAGGAGCGGGAGGGUUCUGUGAAGGGCUUGCAGUAG